GCUGGACCCGUUAGUUUGGUGUGAAUGUGGUAGAACAUGAGUAUAAAGCAGAAACAGUGUAAAUGAAUGAGGAUUUCAUGCUGUGUCCCCUCCGGUCCACGGGGGGCGGUAAUGCUUCAUGAGCUGUUUACAGCCACCGGCCAUAACACACGAAGAGCAGCGAGGAGAGCACCGGAGCACCGGAACCCCGGAGCACCGGACGCCAGGCACCGAGCAGCGAGCAGCAGAGCACCGGACACCAGAACACCGGAGCACCGGAGCACCGGGGCCGCUUUAUCCCAGGGCCGGACUCCCACACAGCGGACCCAGAGGUCCGGUUCCAGCUCCCGGAUGUGUGGAGGGCGUUCCGCUGCGUAGACCCACCGGUACCGAGCCACGGCUGCACUGAUUCGUGGAGGUAUCCGGUCUUCAGCAGCAGGUCCCGGAGACCCUCCACCCAGACCCAGCUGCCGUCCAUCAGCUCCAUGGUUCCUCGGUGUGUCCCUGACCCUAAGCCAGACCACCGGAGCUGAGGAGGCACCAUGUCGGCGGCUCAGACCCAGAAGGAGAGCAGUGAGGGGGGCUGGAGUAGCCUGGAGGCUCUGGGUCUCAGUCAGAAGGAGCUGGUUCUGGCUGAGGCCCUGCAGAUGGAGUAUGACGCCCUCUCCAGACUCAGACAGGACAAGACCGGACCUGGAACCAGCCAGACUCAAUCCAACACCCUGAAUCCCUCCAUGGAGCGCCCACGGCCCCGCCAGCCCAGUCCUGCCCCUGCAGGAGAAAACCUCCAGAGGGGCCUGUCUGGAUCCGACCCCUCACUAAACCAGCCUGGAGGAUCCCAGGCUCCUCACCCUGUCCCAGUGAGGACGCCCCCCCACCAGGGAGGCUACCUGAAAGAGUCCCUGUACAUCCUGGACAGUCCAGAGGUCAGCAAGUUCAGAGACUCCUCAGGUUCUGGCCUCGGGGACUCACUAGGAUCUGGGUCAGACUCUCUCCUCAAAGGCUACCCUGCUCCUCCAGAUGACACUCCCCCCGCCAUCCCACCCAGGAACCCCAUCCCCCCAGCGUCAGGGACAGACAAGCCCUCCCUGCCUCCUCGAGGGUCCUCCAUGCCCCGAGACGUGAACCUGUUCCUGCCUGACAUGGACCAGCCCAAGGUGACCUCAGGGGAGCUGAACUACGACAGCAUCAACGACUCCCUGUCCCGGCUCUCAACAGGGGCUCAGCCGGGGUCCCGAGGUCGGAGGGCCAACGGGGACCCGGCAGGGAAGCCUGUGGCUCGGAGUAAGACCCUCCCCCCUCAGGUUCCACCCAGGACCUACACGCCGCUUCCCAAGAGCAACAAAAACCACCGGCGGGUGUCUGCAGACCCGGUGUCUCUGGGCUCCAGGAUGAAUGGGUUUGGGUACGAGUUGUUCCAGGUGUCCGAGGAGCGCGAUGAGGAGGUGGCGGCGUUCUGUCACAUGUUGGACGUGCUGCGGUCAGCGUACCCGCACGGCGACCGCUCCACGAACGCCGGCUUCGUGUGGACGCCGUCUGUCGGCCAUGAUGAGAUUCAUCAGGGUCUGGGGGUCAGCGUCAAGGUCACGGUCAUCAGCCGUCACUUCAGAGAACCGCUCACCUUCACCUGCGAUGGUGCGUCCACCGUUGACCUGCUCAUCUUUCAGACUCUGUGUUACGCUCAGGACGACCUGGACCACGCGGACGUGGACAACUACGUCCUGAAGGUCUGUGGACACGACGAGUUCCUCAACAACUCCCAGACUCUGGCUGGUCUGGAGUUUGUCCAACAGUGUCUAAAGUUUGACUGGGACGUGCGACUGUUUCUGACCAAGAGAUCUGACGUCAACACGGAGCUUUACCGCACGAAGGAAGACGAUGAGACGCCCUCCUCCAUGAACCACAGCAUCCUGCUGCAGGAGCGUCCGAUCAAACAGACGGUGACCAGGGAGGCUCUGACUCUGCUGCUGGACACUUUCCACAACGAAGCCGACGCCUUCCUCCUCACAGAGGCGGAGCUCCAGCUGCACGUGGAGCGUCUCGUCCAAUCAGUGAAGGCGCUUUGCAGCUCGUUAGCUUCCGUGGAGACGCCGGACGUGACGGCGGCUCUGAGCCAGCUCCCAGCAUGCACCUGCCGCCUGCAGCCCAAAGUCCUGAAGGACCCCUCAGUGCUGGCUGUCCGGGAGAACCGAGAGAAAGUGGUGGAGACGCUGACGGCGGCCAUCUUGGAUCUGGUGGAGCUUUACUGCAGCACCUUCAACGCCAACUUCCACCCGACGCCCCAGAACCUGAGCAGCAGGGCCCCGGUCCAGGAGGCCGGUCUGGUCACCACCGUCCUGUCCUUCAACGUCUACGCCGCUCACCGCAUCCCCAUCACCUGGGCCGCCAGCUAUGAGGGCUUCUUCCUGUCCUGCUCUCUGACCCAUGGGGGGGCGGAGCUCUGUGCCCCCCAACACACCAGCAAACAGUCGGUCAGCAAGUACCUGUUCCACCUGGUGGUCUGGGACCAGAGGGUGUGUUUCCCGGUGCAGAUCAACCAGCUGCCCAGAGAGUCCCAGCUGACGGUGACGCUGUACGCCAGCUCUCUGCCGCCCCCCGGAGGCGCUGAGGAGAAGGGGAGGCAGCGGCGCAGCGUGGAGGCUCUGGGCUGGGUCACGAUGCCUCUGUUCAACUUCAGACACAUCCUGACAUGUGGCAGGAAGUUAUUGGGUUUAUGGCCUUCGACCCCGGGAAGGAACGGGAACGCACGAACAAGUUCCCCCAACUUCAGCCAGCCGGACAGCGUCAUACUACAGGUGGACUUUCCGUCCUCGUCCUUCGAGGUCCGGUUCACUACUCCUGCUCCAGCAGACUUCUGUCCUCAGUACGACUUCUCCAGACUGGACACUGUCAGUCAGACGCAGCUCCAGGACGUCCUGCAUAAGAAAACCUUCUUCUGGUCAGAGUUCCCCCUCCUUCAUCCCUUCACCUUCAUCCCUUCACCUUCAUCCCUCACCUUCAUCCUUCAUCCCUUCACCUUCAUCCCUUCAGAGCAGCUCUUUGCUCUCAGACUCUUUAGGAACACGGGUCCUGGAUUUAACACAUGGACCGAUGGUUCCAGUCCUAAAAACCCUUCGUCCUGGUUCCCGGACCAGGAGCUGAGGAGGACGGCGGUCCAGUGGAUGGACGCCAUCUCAGACCCGGAGCUGCUGGACUUCCUGCCUCAGCUGGUCCAGGCCCUGAAGUACGAGUGUUACCUGGACAGUUCUCUGGUCCGGUUCCUCCUGAGAAGAACCAUCACAGACGUUCGCAUCGCUCACUACCUGUUCUGGCUGCUGAAGGACAACCUGCAGGACAGCCAGUUCAGUGCUCGCUAUCAGCACCUUCUGGCCGCUCUGCUGUGCUGCGUGGGACGAGGUCUCCGGGACGAGUUUGACCGUCAGUGCUGGCUCGUCUCCGUCCUCACCAAGGUGGCCCACAAAGUACGGGACGCAUCUCCGUCCAACAGACAGUCUGUCCUCAGAGAAGGUCUGGACGAGCUGAACCAGUUCUUCUCCAUCAACAGCAGCUGUCGACUUCCUCUCAACCCGGCUCUGCUCGUCAAAGGAGUCAACAUCCAGUCGUGUUCAUUCUUCAACUCCAACGCCGUCCCCCUCAAGCUGUCCUUCCAGAACCUGGACCCUCUGGGAGACAACAUCAACGUCAUCUUCAAGUCAGGAGACGACCUGAGACAGGACAUGCUAACCCUGCAGAUUAUCCGCACAAUCAUGACAUUUCAUCUGAAAUGUUCCAUGGAGGCAGUACAUGACAGGGUCUACACCUGUGUGUGUUACCUGUUUCCAGGUAUGGUGGAGAUGAUUCCUCACGCUGACACUCUGAGGAAGAUCCAGGUGGAACACGGAGUCACAGGAUCAUUCAAAGAUCGACCGCUGGCCGACUGGCUGCUGAAACACAACCCCACAGACGAGCAGUAUGACAAGGCGGUGGAGAACUUCAUCUUCUCGUGUGCUGGCUGCUGCGUAGCCACCUACAUCCUGGGAAUCUGUGACCGUCACAACGACAACAUCAUGCUCAAGACCAGCGGCCACAUGUUCCACAUCGACUUCGGCAAGUUCCUGGGUCACGCCCAGAUGUUUGGGAACAUCAAACGGGACCGCGCUCCCUUCGUGUUCACCUCAGACAUGGCGUACGUCAUCAACGGAGGAGACAAACCAUCGAGUCGCUUCCAUGACUUUGUGGAUCUGUGCUGUGAAGCUUACAACCUGAUCAGGAAACAUGCUCACCUGUUCCUCAACCUGCUGGGGCUGAUGUUGUCGUGUGGAAUCCCUGAACUCUCCGACCUCGACGACCUGAAGUACGUCUACGACGCGCUGAGGCCUCACGAGUCUGAGGCCGACGCCACCAUGUACUUCACCAGGUUGAUCGAGUCCAGUCUCGGCAGCGUCGCCACCAAACUCAACUUCUUCAUCCACAACCUGGCUCAGAUGAAGUUCACGUCCUCUGAAGAACGUCCCACGUUGUCCUUCGCUCCCAGAAUUCAUAGCGUGAAGAGCGGCGGCGUCAUCAGGAGCCUUUACAUCUGUCGGCACAUCAGGACGCACAGAGGACACACCUUUGUGGUGAAGGUGGAGCGUGAGGGUCAACAGGAGGCGCUGCUGGUUCAAAGAACAUUCGAAGAGUUUCAAGAACUUCACAGUAAACUGAGACUCAUCUUCCCCGCGUCUAAACUGCCCAGUUUCCCCAACCGCUUUGUGAUUGGCCGUUCCCGUGGUGAGGCGACAGCUGAUAGGAGGAAGGACGAGCUCAACGGAUACGUGUGGCACCUGGUUCACGCCGGGACGGAGGUCGCUCAGAGUGACCUGGUCUACACCUUCUUCCACCCGCUGCCUCGAGACGAGAGACCAGGAACAACCAGCAUCAAACCAGCAGAGAUACUGUGGUCUCCAGCUUCAGGUAAAGAACUGGGUGAAGUCAAACUCUCCAUCUCCUACAAGAACGACAAACUCUUCAUCAUGGUGAUGCACAUCAGAGGCCUGCAGCCCCUCCAGGACGGCUCAGACCCAGACCCCUACGUGAAGCUCUACCUGCUCCCAGACCCUCAGAAGACCAGCAAGAGGAAAACCAAGGCCGCCCGGCGCACCUGUAACCCCACCUACAACGAGAUGCUGGUGUAUGAGCGGAUCCCUCGGGGGGACCUGGACCAGAGGGUGAUCCACCUGCGGGUCCUGGGGGACGGGGCCUUCUGGGACAACACCCUGCUGGGGCAAACCUUCAUCCCCCUGAAGAGCCUGGUCCCAGGACAGCACUGGGUGGACUGGCACCAGCUGGGUGGGGCCGACUCAGACUCCGCCCACUACUGACCGGGACCCCACCCACUGACUGGGCUUAGGCUCCGCCCCUGGAGGACAGAUGACAUAUUUAUUUGAUGAAAGGGGCGUUUAUUAAAGAGUCCAGGAGGAAGAGAAACUGAAACUAGAGCACAUUUUAUGUUUUAACGUGGUUUAAUCCUUCAGACGUUCGUCUCCUGGGAAUUAAACUCAGCAGAGAAACCGCUGACGAUGCUAAUCUGUCGAUGAGUGAAGGAGUGAGUGAAGGAGUGAAGGAGUGAAUGAGUGAAGGAGUGAGUGAAGGAGUGAGUGAUUUCUGAAGGGAAGCAGAAAAAAGGGAAGAAGAAAAUGCACAUCUACUGUUUCCAACGUUGUAUCGUUAAAGAAGAGAAACAAGAACUGAGCCAGAACAGAAUGAAUGGAUGAAUUAAGGGAAGAUGAAUGGAUGAAUGAAGAGAAAACCUUUCUACAUUUCAUUCCUUGUUUUUUGGACCAUGGGAAUUUUGUACUUUCUGGGAGAGUGUUGGGUUUAUAAGGGGGGGGGGCUGAAGCUGGUUUG